AUGAGACUGGAGCUUGGAGGACACACGGUGCGGCGAGAACAAACAGCGUUGGAAAAGGUGCUGGAGUAUACGAGUACUGACAACCUCUCACUCUUCCCCAUUCUGCCAAGGGCUCAGACUGAACCGCGCAUGCGCACACCUAGUCCGCGGGCGGCGCCCAGGCUGAAGCUUCCUGAAUGCGCACGCGCGCGCGCUGUGUGGCUGUCGCCAUGGAGACGCGUGGGUCUGGUCAAGCCCUCAGCGCCUGGAGCCGCCCGCUGGCCUGCAGCGCGUCUUGGGCUGACCCACGCGCACUUGGCGGCCCCGCAGCGGCGGAUGGACGGCCUCCGUGGGGCCGGGGCGGCGAGGUAUGGCGAGGGUGAUGAGGAUGAGGAAGAGGAGCUAGAGGGCGGCCCUGCGGACACAAAGGAGUCCAGACUGCCUCCCAUCUCCAGCUGCGCCCCAGAGCCCAAACGGAAGGGGAAGAAGAAAAAGAAGAAGAGAAAGACUGAGAGGUCAGGCAAGGGAGACGAUAAACGCCAGAGCCGAAGCCUGAAGCAGCAGCAGCUGUCUUCAUCUUUCCACGAUGUCCUGAGUCCCGGCAAAGAUCAUGGCCCGAGACCAGAACACAGGCAGGACAAAGAGCCAAACCAGCUCGUCCCUUCUUUCUCCUCCUCCGUCAAUCUCCCCAACUUUGGCAAAUUCGAAGAGAAACUCUCCAACAAGAUCAACGAGAGUCUGCGUUGGGAUGGAAUUCUCGCCGACCCAGAGGCAGAAAAGGAGCGGAUUCGCAUAUACAAACUCAACCGGAGGAAGCGGUACCGGGUCUUGGCCCUCAAGGGCAUCCACUCUGACCCCUGUGCCGAGGAGAAGCCGGAGAACCCAGCCCGUCCCUCCCAGGACAGCACCAACAGCAGGCAGCUGGCGUUAAAAGUCGCCGGCCCUGACGACUUCCUGGGGGGAAGCCUGGCUCCGGGGCCCCCACACUGUGACCUGGCCACUACUCUGCCCGAGUGAAAACCCACCCGUGAGACUGACAAGCUUAUCCUUUAUCCUUACCGCAAGUUUAUGUGUUAGAAAAAGGAGAAGAAUAAAAGGAAAUCAGACCUACCUCUGCAGGAAGCAGACCGCUGCUGUGUUGUUGAUGAGGUCGACCCUCCUGCCACCGCGGUGCCCUCAGGGGCCCGGGGCAGCCACCGCUCCUCCACACACGCAAUUUAGCGAACGAGGUCUUUUUCUGCAUUUCCUUUUGCUCAGAGAAGCUGGCAUCUCUUUGCACUUUCAUUUCUCAUCACAGUUAGAUAACUUGCCGCCUCCCCGCUCCCCCCCAAAA